AUGUACCCACAGAAUAUCGAUGCAAACGGUAAACCAAAACAAGGAACACUGAACCAAUCAAAGAUAAUUCUAGUUGCAUACGGCGGUUCAGAAAUCAAACAUCUCGGCACAGUAAAAAUCCCAUGUAACUUCAAAGACAGCAAGACAGUAGCAACAUUCUACAUCACAGACACACCAGGCCCAGCGAUCAUUGGCCUUCAUACAGCUACUGAGCUCAACCUUCUCAGAUUCAACCUCGAAUUGAAGCAGUUCUCUCCCAGGAACAGGCCCACAGAAUUUUGCAAACGUCCAACUAACCCGGCACCAAUCAAAGACAAGCAAGAUCUGAUCGCGCAGUAUCCAGAAUGCUUUGACGGAAUCGGAAAAUUCCAAGGAGAAUACCACAUAAUUAUCGACCCAUCUGUGCCACCAGUAGUGCACCCACCUAGGAAGGCGGCACUCAGCAUGAAAGACGAAAUCAAAGAAGAAUUAGAUGAGAUGGUAAAGAAAGACAUAAUCUGCAAAAUCCAAGAAGGCGAGCCYACUGCGUGGGUCAAUAGCCUUGUGUACAGAAGGAAGUCUAACGGGAAACUCCGCUUGUGCCUGGACCCCAAGGACUUGAAUGCUGCAAUCAAAAGAGAACAUCAUGUCACGUCAACUCUAGAAGAGAUUCUACCAAAGCUAAGUGGAGCUCAAGUAUUCUCAAUCGUGGAUGCAAAGUGYGGAUACUGGAAUGUUGUCCUCGACGAGGAGUCCAGCUAUCUUACAACGUUUAAUUCACCAUAUGGCCGCUAUCGAUUCAAGCGUAUGCCGUUUGGUCUUAAGAUGUUCCAAGACAUUUUCCAAACUCGGAUUGACCAGACCUUUGAAGGAUGCAACGGUGUAAUCGGCAUCGCGGACGACAUUGUGGUAUAUGGAGAUUCGGAAGCAGCUCAUGACAGCAACAUGCACGCGAUGAUUGAACGAUGCAAAAAAAACUGGCUUAAAGCUAAACCCCGACAAAUGCUUCAUUAA